AUGGCUCCAAAGGUUCUUUUGAUUGGUAUUGGUGGUGUUGGCUCCAUAGCCGCAUACACACUAAAGGCUAACGGUGCAGAGGUGACUGCGAUCGCAAGAUCGUCCUACGAUGUUUUGAAGGAGAACGGCUUUACUAUCGAGUCCUUGGACUACGGAAAAGUCGAAAACUUCAAGCCCGACCACGUGUACAAGGACGUGGCCGAGGCUGCGAAGGAGAGAGGUCCUUUUGACUACAUUGUGGUGACGACCAAGAACAUCCCGGACGUAGCGCCUGUGGAGAAGAUGAUCGAGAAGGCGUACAGCAAGGACACGGCGAUUGUGUUGCUUGAGAACGGAGUGGGCAUCGACAGAUCGAUGUUCAAGGCGUAUCCUGACGCGACAAUCAUCUCCGGCGUGACGAUGAUCAGCAGCACGCUGUACGGGACGACGGUGAAGCACGUGGGCAGUGACACGGUGUCUUUCGGGCCGUUUCUCAACCCGUCGCUGGAGAAGGAGCCACAGGUGGCCAAGGCGAAGGCGUUCACCGCGCUCUACCACAACGAGCACAACGGCGCCAAGUACGACGAGGACGUGAAGUACAUCAGAUGGAGGAAGUUGGUGUACAAUGGGGCGAUCAACACGACAUGCGCGAUCACAAACGUCGACGCCGGGCGCUUGGAGCUGUUUGGAGGUAUGGACAAGGUGGCGAGACCCGCCAUGCGGGAGAUCCUUGCCAUUGCCAAGGCCGACGGCGUCGACCUCCCCGAGGACAUCAUGGACAAGAUGAUCCGCUCCGACGACGGCGAGUACUACCCGCCUUCGAUGUUGAUCGACAUCCGGAAAAACCAGUACACGGAGUACAAGGUCAUUCUCGGGACCGCGUUAAGCAUUGCCGAGGAAAAGGGCGUGCCGGCCCCCGUGUGCACCAUUCUCUGCGACCUCCUCGAGGUCAUCCAGAUGAGAACGAUGGAGUCCCGCGGCAAGAUCGUGCUUCCCGAGAAGAGACCCCUGCCUGCCGACAACUUCAAGAUCGAGUUCCAGGACUGA